AUGAAAUGUAACCUUUUCCUCAAGAUUGUGGGGGCAGUUGAGGAGAAGGACCCAUGGUUUCAACAGAGGAGGAACGUUGCAGGCGAGCUAGGUCUAUUCGCGUUGCAAAAAGUGACUGCGGUGUUUCUUAUGCUAGCAUAUGAGAGCACCAUCAUUGAGAGCAUGAGACAGUUUGUCUGUGCUGUCGUUGAUGUGUUCGGCGAUGAGUACCUCCGUUCUCCGAAUGAUGAGGACACUGCUCGUUUGCUUGCUACCAAUGAGCGCAGAGGGUUUCCAGGGAUGCUAGGAAGCAUUGAUUGUUCGCUAAACGAUAUUAACGUUCUGCACCGGUCACAUCUCCUCGACGACCUUGCCGCUAGCGAGGCCCCAAAGGUACAAUACUGCAUUAAUGGGCACCAUUACACCAUGGGCUACUACCUUGCGGACGGCAUAUAUCCGGAAUGGGCCACGUUCAUGAAGCCCAUACCAUCUCCAGUUGGCAGGAAGCGGCAACACUUCGUGCUUCAGCAGGCGGCUGCACGCAAGGAUGUGGAGCGCACCUUCAGAGUCUUGCAAUCCUGGUUUCCCCUAGUCCAGGGGGCAACGAGGUUAUGGGAUGAGGAAACCCUUAGCACCAUCAUGACCACCUGCAUUAUCAUGCACAAUAUGAUAAUCAAAGACGAGAGACAAGAUGACGAAGUAAAAUACGUGUACGAGGGUGCUGGUGAGGACAUGCAGCCGUCGCACGACCUAACCCCUCCCUUGGUGGCAUUGAGCCAAAGGUACGAUGCUAUACGAAGCAGGCAGUGGCAUCAGCACCUCCGGGAUGACCUAGUUGAACACCUUUGGCAGAUACACGGGGGUGAGUAG